AUGACCGUCUCGAGCGUGGGAAUGGUUGAUAUUCGAGCGGCCGUUGAUGCGGCGCUUGAGCAGCUGCACGAGGAGCUGCGCAAAGUAAACCAUGAGAUCUGGUCGAACCCAGAACUCGCGUAUCAAGAACACCGUGCCCACGAUACCAUCUGCGAGUUCCUCGAGAAGCAGGGAUUUACAGUUACGCGCCAUGCAUACGGCCUCGAUACCUCAUUCGAAGCGUUGAGUGGAUCGGGUGGGCGCUUGAUUAACUUCAAUGCUGAAUAUGAUGCACUCCCGGGCAUCGGACAUGCCUGCGGCCACAACCUGAUUGCGACUAGUAGCAUUGCUGCAUUUCUGGCGCUGUCGUUCGCGUUGAAUAAAUAUGGCAUCCCAGGGCGGACACAACUGCUGGGCACCCCAGCUGAGGAAAAUGGCGGAGGCAAGGCCGUGCUCAUUGAUGCAGGAGCGUACAAGAACGUGGAUAUUUCCCUCAUGGCUCACUCUGGGCCCAGGAAAUUGUUCCCUGAUCAAGAGGCAUCUGACGGCAUUGCUGGAACCCUGAUGAAUGCUCGCAAGAAUAUCUACUGCGAGUUCACGGGCAAGAGCGCUCAUGCUGGAGGCAAUCCUUGGGAAGGCAUCAACGCUCUGGAUGCCCUGGUCGCAUCGUAUAAUAAUGUUGCGGUCUUGCGACAGCAGCUUCUGCCCGAGCAGCGUAUCCACUGUGCCUUCAUGGAUACCCCCAAGGUGGCCAACGUGAUCCCGGCUUAUACCAAAGCCUUCUGGCAGGUUCGAAGCCCUUCACUCAAGGGGCUCAAUAGUCUUGUAGCCAGAGUGCGCAAAUGCAUCGAGGCGGGCGCGCUGGCGACCGGAUGUACAGCACAGAUUAAAGAGGAGGAGCUUUAUACCGAUGUGCGGUUGAACGAUAUUCUCUGUGAACGAUACCAAGUCCAUAUGGGCCAGUAUGGCCGGCAGGUGCUCAAGCGACACGACAAAGUUCUGACUGCCUCGUCUGAUAUUGGCAAUGUCAGCUAUGUGACACCAACUUUGCACACUAUGUUUGGAAUCCCCACUCCAGAGAACACAUUCCCGCAUCAUCCCACAUAUACUGCGUCUGCUGGAACCGACGAGGCACAUGAAGAGGCAUUAAUUGUGGGCAAAUCUCUGGCGCUGAUUGGGUGGGAUAUGAUCACGAACGAUGAAUUGUUUGGAAACGCCUAUCGGCAAUGGAAGGAGGAGAUUGAGCGUCAUGACUGA